CCUUCCCCCUCCCUUCCCUUCCCGCGGCCGCCGCGCCCCACCCACCUCUCCCUCCCUCCGGGUGGCGGCGACCGAGCCACGUGGUGGGGCCGGGAAGCCACGGCCGCCCAGUGCCCGGGCGGCUGCCCAGCCUGGGUAGUGUUGAGCAACGCUGCGCCGCGCUCGGUACCUUCGCUCCGGGCUCUGCGCUCCCCGCCAGCCGCCCCAGGGCAGGAGGUGCAACCGACCGCCGGCCCGUCACACAAAGGAGGCCCGGCGCGGCAGAGCCAGUGCGCCGGCGACCAGACCAUGGACUCGGAGCGCGGGCGGCUGGUCCCAGCCCUGGGGUCCUGGCGCUCCGGGGCCCGGCCCUAGGCGCUCGGCCCCGCCGCCCGGGGCGCCCAGCGGAGAGGACGCGGAGCCCGCGCGGUGCGGAGGAGGCGACGGCCGCCGAGCGAGAGGGGGCGCCGCGCUGGGCGGCCCGCGCGGCCCCGGAGCCAUGGGCAAGUGCAGCGGGCGUUGUACGCUGGUCGCCUUCUGUUGCCUGCAGCUGGUGCCAGGACCAGAUGUCUCUGCUGGGAGAACCAACUUCCCACUCUUACCAUAGCAGGUGGCUGCACUGCAGCGGCAGAUCUUCGACUUCCUGGGCUACCAGUGGGCUCCCAUCCUGGCCAACUUCCUGCACAUCAUGGCGGUCAUCCUGGGCAUCUUUGGCACCGUGCAGUACCGCUCCCGGUACCUCAUCCUGUACGCAGCCUGGCUCGUGCUCUGGGUGGGCUGGAACGCCUUCAUUAUCUGCUUCUACCUGGAGGUUGGACAGCUGUCCCAGGCCCCUUUGCUCCCAGGACCGGGACUUCAUCAUGACCUUCAACACGUCCCUGCACCGUUCCUGGUGGAUGGAGAACGGGCCAGGCUGCCUGGUGACACCUGUUCUGAACUCCCGCCUGGCCCUGGAAGACCACCACGUCAUUUCUGUUACUGGAUGCCUGCUCGACUAUCCCUACAUCGAAGCUCUCAGCAGCGCCUUGCAGAUCUUCCUGGCUCUCUUCGGCUUCGUGUUCGCCUGCUACGUGAGCAAAGUGUUCCUGGAGGAGGAGGACAGCUUUGACUUCAUCGGCGGCUUCGACUCCUACGGGUACCAGGCGCCCCAGAAGACGUCGCAUCUGCAGCUGCAGCCUCUGUACACGUCGGGGUAACUGCUGCCCAGCCCGUGCAGACGCUGCGCCCUUGGAGGCUGGUUGCAGAGGCGGCCGCAGCUGGCUCGGGCCUAGCCAGGGUAGGCGCGCCCUCUGGCGGCCGGCGGACUGACUGUAGCCUGCGCCGACCCCACUUGGGUCCACUGCUAGAGAAGCUGAGCUUGGCCUUGACCGUGGCUCUUUGUUGCCCGGACUUGUGGGCGGAACGAAGCGAAGCAGGGGAGGGGGAUAUCGGGAUUUGUAUUUUUUUUUUUAUCUCAGCCUUGGCGUGUGCUGAGGCCUUGCUCCAUUCUCCAAUCUCUCCCUUUCAACCUUCACCCAGCACCCUGCCACUGUCCAGAGAGACAAACAGCCGAGUGGAGACGCCCACCCCGUCUCCCCACACUCAUUCACCAGCCUUGGAUUAGCUACUGUGAACAAGCGGCGGGAGUGCUGGGUUCUAGUCGCAGCUCCGUCACUGACUCUGACACCUAGCUCGGCCUUGGCCCUCUCUGGGCCUCAGGCUCACCCCUACCCCCACCACCCCGGCCCCGAAUGAUUAAAAGGAUCUCUUAGCAGAUGAAAUUCUGCAGCUGCCUUGUAUGGUUCUCAGUUCCCCAGACAGAGGUAUCAUUCCCAUUCUGCAGAUAUGGAGACUGAGGCGCAGAGAUGUGGAGUGAUUUGCUGGAGGCCUUGAACACUGUGCUUCCUGUCAUCUCAGUCUCCAAAACGCAGCAUCUGGCUCUCAUCCCACUUCCAGCACCUCCAGCUUGGACACUUGGGAAACCCAUGUGGUUACCUCACCCCCACACCACCACCACCACCACCCUCACCAACACCUCUUGUAAAGCAAUAUACCCAUCUGCUCUCACCGGGUGGACAGAGCCCAGGGUUCAGCCCUCUGCCCUGGGGAAGACUUGCUAGGUGCUCUCUGCAA